AUGUAUUCCAGCUAUCCUGGUUGGAUUGUGAUCUGUCAGUCAGCCUUUUAUCCCCAACCCUAUUCACUUGUCCAAGGGGUUGAAUGCCGAGGUUGUUGGUGGCUGCUUGUACUAGAUCUGGCGGUUGAGCAAAAAUCAGUAUGAAUCUCACCCGAGGGACUAUGAGGAUGCCCUGCCUAAGUGUGUCAAUGCAAUAGUCAUGUGGCUGUGAAUAACAGCAAGCUCUGAUCAUGAGAGGAGGAAAUCUUCAAGCAACUAAUGUGCUUUUUUUCACCUGCAGUCUCCUUGAUUCUUGUUUAACUGUUAAUUUUGGAUUAUCUUCGGCAUCUUGUAUUCAUCACUACUUCCUGAAAAAGUCAACAUAGAGCUAGGAGCAGCAUCACUUCAGCUUGAAUAAGGACUCACUCUGGAGAUAGGAAACCUGGCAGAUUUGUUUUAAAUCAGCAAAUCAAAAGUUGUGAAUGGAUUUUAUUUGGUCUGACCUGAAAAAAAAUCACCUGAUGCCUAUUAAUUCGGUUCUAAGGACAAUAUUAAAUAUUGAUUAAUUAAAUAUCUUCAAAUUAAUCAAGUUUAUAUUAGAUAAUAUUUAUGUUUCACUGACAGAAAGAUGUUUUUGCUUUCAAAAAAUUCUACAAAUUCAGAUGGUAAAAUAAUGGUGAGAAGGUUUCUUGUAACCUUAAGGCCUUUCAGGUUAUUUGUGGCUGGAAUUGGAUUCUUCACCCUCUGUUUUAUAAUGACCUCCUUUGGCGGACAGCUUACAGGCAAGAGAGUGGGAGACUCACCUUUUGGCAUUAGACAAUUAGGUAGCAAAUCUGAAGGGAUUGGUUUAGAGUCACGUGUGCUGAGGAAAAUGACAGAUAUGCUGGAAGUAAUAGUGAAGCGGAUGGAGCCACUGGCAAAACUGGAAAAUGUGAGUGACUUCAGAAAAUUAGAGGAACUCAGCUCAGCUUUAAAUCGUUUUCAGCCAGCUGGACUGAUGGACAAGAUUCAAGCAAUUGCACAAAACGUUUCACAUUUAACAAGUAGAGUUGAGCAGCUUCUACAAACAAGCCUUACCACAAGAAGAGAAGUUUCUUUCUAUGAGAAAGCCAGAGGAAAGGACAGCAGCCAAUGUGAGAUUCCCAAAGAUCCAAAUUUUCCUGACUGCCUUGGGAAGAUUGAGUGGAUGAGAGCCAGGUGGACCUCAGACCCGUGUUAUGCUUAUUAUGGUGUUGACGGCACGGACUGCUCUUUUCUGUUGUACCUUAGUGAAAAAGAAUGGUUCUGUCCCCCAUUACCAUGGAAGAAUCGUACUGCUUUCCUCUCCAGGACUGAAACAAAAGUGCAGCAGCAGGCAAUCUAUCGAAUGGACUUCACACAACUUCUCGAACUCAUGGGCAGUGGAAAGGAGUCACUAAUAUUUAUGAAAAAGAGAAUCCGGAGAUUGUCAACACAAUGGAUUUCGGCAGUUCAGAGCCUCAAAGAGAAACUUGAGAUGAGAAAGAGGCAACGGAAGAAGAUCUUGGUUCACCUGGGUUUCUUGACAGAGGAAGCAGGCGAUGUCUUCAGCCCUGUGGUAUCGAAAGGUGGCCCACUGGGCGAGUUGGUUCAAUGGGCUGAUAUCUUAGCUACUCUGUAUGUGUUGGGCCACAGCUUGAAAAUUUCCGCUACUUUAAGGGAGCUACAAAGUUUCCUAGGUGUACCUCCCGGGAGGGGAAGCUGUCCUCUGACUGCACCAUUGGCUUUUGACCUAAUAUACACGGAUUAUCAUGGACUUCAACAAAUGAAACAAAACAUGGGCCUUUCUUUCAAAAAGUACAAGUGUCGGAUUCGGGUGAUUGACACAUUUGGCACAGAGCCAGCCUACAACUUUGAUGAUUAUGCAAAUCUCCAUGGUUACCGAACAAACUGGGGUCACUGGAAUCUCAACCCAAAACAGUACAUGACUAUGUUCCCACAUAGUCCUGACAACUCAUUUAUGGGUUUUGUUGCUGAGAAACUGAACAACACUGAGAAAGAGGCUAUUCAAUCAAGCAAGGUCAACAAUAUGGCAGUUGUGUAUGGAAAGGAAGCUAAUAUGUGGAAGGGCAAGGCGAAGUAUCUUGAAGUUAUUAACAACUACAUGGAAAUCCAUGGAACUGUUUAUUAUGAGACACAUUGGCCACCAGAGAUGCCUAUGUUUGUCAAAAACCAUGGCCUAUUACCUCAACAUGAGCUACAAAGGCUACUAAGGAAAGCAAAGCUCUUCAUUGGAUUGGGGUUCCCAUAUGAAGGACCUGCCCCUCUGGAAGCCAUUGCUAAUGGAUGUAUUUUCCUUCAACCCCGAUUCAACCCACCUCACAACUCAAAAAACAAUGAGUUCUUCAGGGGGAAACCCACUUCAAGAGAGGUUUCCUCACAGCAUCCAUACACUGACUAUUUCAUUGGGAAACCAUAUGUAUGGACAGUAGAUUUCAAUAACACAGAGGAACUGGCAUCGGCUGUAAGGUCCAUUUUAGCAACCAAGGUUGAACCUUAUCUUCCAUAUGAAUUUACUUGUGAAGGGAUGCUGGAGCGUGUCCAUGCCUACAUCCAAUACCAGGAUCUGUGCGACACGGUAUUUCUGUCGUGGCCUCAGAAACUUGCACGGCAUUUCUCACCCUCACCUAAUGCCACAAAUCAAAUCACAUUUUCUCGAAAUGUCAUUGGACUUUUCUGGUCUCCAAAUGCCACCAAGGUGCUCACCUGGCCUCCUGUAAGCUCAAUGCGAUUCCAAGUAUCAGCAACUGCACAAUCUUGUACAAAUGCCUGUCAAGAGCAUGGACUCAUCUGUGAACCAACAUUCUUCCAGUUUGUCAACAAUAAGGCCAUCUUUGAUAAGUUCAAUUUUGUCUGUGACAGCAUCGAGUCUGAGGCUAACCAUCUCUAUCCCGCCUUUGAGGAAAUCGCUCAGGACUGUUACCUUCAGAAGCAGAUCCUGCUGUUCAGUUGUGCAGGCCAUCAUCCAAAAUAUAGACGGCUCUGUCCCUGCAGAGACUUUCGCAAAGAACAAGUGGCACUCUGUAAAGGAUGUUUGUGAGCUUUUGAGCUGUUUAAACAUGAAGACUGGUAAAAAAGAAAUUUGAAUCUCCUAAUGAUGUAAUGACCCAUCAGCGCUUCCAGCCAAUCCAAGAACCAUAUGAUGGACACAUUUCUCCAAGAGAAAUAGUGAAGAAAUUGAGGAAAUUCUCCAAGAGUACUCCCACACAGGUUACUUUGAUAAAAGAACAGGAAAAUUAUACUUUAACAGGCCAUAUCGAACCUGUGAUCUAGUUUUGUUUCUUCAAGUGUUUGCUUUUGUUGCAUGCAAAUAAAAAGUCCAUGUGAACUCGUUUUUAACUUAAAUACCUCCAUGUUUAAACACUGUUUCAGACUGCUCCUAUGGUUAUCGCUGGUUCAGAAUAAAUAUUUGUGUCAAGAAUCAACAGUUCCUUAUUAUUAAAUAUACCUAUAGAUCCGUUUAUUUUAGGGUAUUCUUUCUAUAAGUUUUGUUCUAUUUGUUACAUGCACAAUGGUAUAGAACACAAUGAUACCAACGGUAACUUUUUUUGGAUUCGGUGCAAAAGUACAACUCAAAUAUUCGGUUAAUAUAAAUUUGCUUUUUAUUCUCCAUGCAUUUUAUUCGGGACAAAUAAGUUGAUGCAACAAUAUUACAAACUCUAAUAUUUAUGAAGUUCAAGGUGAUUUGUUGCUCAAUUGCUGCAAUUUUACAUCAUAAAGCCCUGGAGGGGUAAAAGUGCCAGCUUCUGAAUAAAUCUGAAUGACAACAAAAUGCCGUACAUAAUCAAUCUCUUAUUUCUAAUAACACAAUGUGGAAAAAUGUUUGGUAGAAGUGAUCAAAAUCAAUUUCUCAAAUGAGUUAGCUACAACAUUUCACCAUUGUUUCAUUGAGAAUUCCUCUAAACAUGUUCAUAAAUAUGA